CUGAAUUUUUAGAUUUUUAUUACAUAAGCUUACUUAUUCUUGUUUUUUUUUUAUUUAUUUUUUUUCGCAUGUGUUUAAUUAAUUACCUGACUGACAGAAUUUGCGAUGAUACACGUGGCUUUUGUUGAUGCGUGCUUACUAACACCUGUCAUUGAUACAUGAUAUCUGUGUAACUUAAUCGGUCGUCUCGUCUCCACAUUCAUAUUUUGUAAGCCGAGCCUGAUCCGUCUACAUGCCGGCCACGUUUCUUUACAUUUAGAUGUUAUCAUUGAGUAUCAGCAGCUACCUGAGAAAAACAGCUGUUUUUGUGUCAUCAAUUAUCAUAAAGCAAUAAUGUUUAAUUCGAUCGGAUAAAAAAAAAAAAAAAAGAGUAUAAAAAAUAUAAUAUAAUUUUUUAAAACUAUUUCUGAUAAGAUUAAAAGAAUAUCGAUACUGCUAUUAACAUUGCGAUAAAAUAAAGGAGCAGUCAAAAUAAAAGAUUCAUGUUGCAUUAGUUCAAUUUGUAUAAUAUACAAUCUACACAAAUGAAUAUAUAGCUUCACGGAUAUACCGAUUAUGAGUGUCGGAAUGCAAAUAAAAAAUUCGCGAUUCGUAUCGACGAUGAUAUUAAUCACAUAUAGUGUAACCGCAGUACUACGAGGUCGAAUGUAUUUACGCACGCGUGCGCGCCGCGCGACGACGCACCCACACGCACUACCGCGCGAGCGGGUAUACAUAUAUACGAUCUACCAUUCGAUAUCAGUCGAAAGUGAAAACUCGCUUGACGUUCACUGCACUGCGCCGUCGCCUGCUCGCAGGCACGCUCGCUCGUUUGCAGGAAAAUUUGCGGGGAAACUCCUCUGUAUCUCGACGACGCGUCGCGACGAUCCUCGCAUGCAUCGUCCGCCUCGACGACAUUCGGAUCAUUACGAAUUUGCAGUUUGGCGGUCGCGUUUGACGUUAUAUUUUUAAUGCUAGACAGUGACGCGGCGUCACAUGUCGUACGAUUGCUGCGGCGACGGUCGCACGGUUGGCGAUUCGUUCGAUGCCGGUUUGCGUAACGCAUUGCGUUUCGUAUUACACGAGGACCUGCACAAUCUCUUUAUCGAUUCGAGACACCGCUCAUGGAUGCUCCUCUCUGUCAUCGUCGUCAUUAGCCUGCUGCUGGCCCGUUGGGUUAUCCGUCCGUAGAACGCUAUUACAUCGUGUCGAAAGUCACUAGAUCGUAGAAGCGGACCUAAAUAUCGUCGGGCGAUGACGAUAUGUUUAUCGUACGACAUGCGUCACAAAAAAAAAUUGCCAGCCAGCUGUUAGCGAGACGCAAGAGUUGUGAACUGCAAUCUUCUGUCAAGGCCUUAUCAUUCCGGACGAUAUAAAAGUGCACGAGUCUCAGAUCUUUGCAGAACGCGAAAAUGCGGCGUAUUCAAGGACUUUAUUGGCGUAUUAAUCGGAGACGGAUUCACGUUUCGUUCUAUAAAAUCAUUAGAGCGUAUCGCGAUAGAGCGUGUUCGACGAUACGCGAUAAUCGCCGUUUUUGCAGUGGCACGAAUAAUUAUUCUUUUCUCAUAAAUAAACGCCUAUGAAAGUUGUGCAAAUGUAAAUUUUAUACCGACCUACAUAAUACUUAUCGUUCGCGCUGAUCUAAACAUAAUCACAUACGAAACUCUCUCAUGUAUAAUUUACGAAUACUCUUAUCAUUGUUUAUACUCAUUAUUCGUUUGAACUUUGAACAUUAUCAGGAGACAACGAGUACCUCAGAACAAAACAGAAUCAAAUAUACGCGCUUAUUAUGGCCUAAAUUAUUUACAAGCGAGUUCCUAGAAUAUUUUCAUGACGCUUAAUAUGUUUGUUAUUUUUUUAAUCCUGAAAAUAAAAAUUUUUAUUUAACGUUUAUCGAAAUAUUUUUUAAUCGUCGCAGAGUAUAUACAUACGAGCGUAACGAUUUAUUUCAUUCGUGCAAGUGUCCUGCGCAGGCUUAGCGCGUUGCUUAGAAACGCGCGUGCAAGCAUGGCAUCUCCUUUCGGCUAAAUAUUCGAACAACACAACGAUUCAAACGUCGCGGUCAAUCCGUCCCGCAGGAGCGCAAGAUGGCGGGUGAGUAGCCGCGCGGCUAGUACUACUGUUGCCGCAUGCGCAAAAGUAACCGCGGCAAUUCAGUCACGUGACGGCGCCAAUUCAGAUCGAACACGCGCGGCUGUGGUUUGGCGCCGAAACAUCGAGUGCGAAAGGCAGUGAUAUAUUUACAUCAUCGUCUCGUCCCCAUUACCGUCAACGACAUCGCAGACACGUCCGAUAUACGCCAGGAUACGUCCAGGAUAAUGAGGAACAGGCCGAUGUGGGGAAAGACGACGAUUAGCGACGACGAUCUGUCGAUUUGUAUCGAGGAGCGCAAGAUGGCGGGUGAGUAGCCGCGCGGCAGCGCGGCAGGUCCUAGUGUUGCCGCAUGCGCAGCAGUAACCGCGCCAAUUCAGUCACGUGACCACGGCAAUUCAGUCCGAACGCGUGUGGCUGUGCUUUGGCGCCGAAACAUCGAGGGCGAGAAGUAGUGAUUUUUUACAUCAUCGUCGUCCCCGUUACCGUCAACGACAUCGCAGACACGUCCAAUAUACGCCAGGGUACGUCCAGGAUACCGAGGUACGUCCAGGAUAACGAGGCUAAGGCCGAUGCAGGACGAUUGCCGUUUCGCCACGAUUACCCGUCGAUUCACAUCGAGAUUGAUCAUUUCAAUAUCAACUUUCUGAGCGGCUAAGAGGUUUCCAGGAAGAAUCUCGGCUAGAACUUAGUAAAGUUGCAAAAGACGCAGGAGGAGCGACCGUAUCGCGCAAAGAGAAGAAUAAUGGCAGGCGAGGACACGCAGAUUUUGUCAAACGGUAACGUGGAGGUCUUGACGAUCAUUCCUCCGAAGAUGGCAAACGGAAACGGGCUAAUAUGCGGCGGCAAGCAGCACAACAACAACGGCUCGAUACCGAACGGGAAGCUGCACGGCGGGAUCGGCGCCGCGGAGAACGGCAAGCUGAUCAUGCCGGACGAGAGAUCGAGUAGCCUUCAUACAGAGUUCGACGAUGCCGAUAUUUCCUGCGGAUGGGGUCCCUGUAGGCCCCAUUGGUUGCAGUACUUUGCUACGAAGCAAGCUUUCCUGGUGACCUUCUGCCUCACCUGGGUGCUUCAGGGCAUGUACUAUACGUACUUCGUCUCCGUCAUCACGACAAUAGAGAAGCUCUUCCAGAUCCAGUCGAAGACGACGGGCAUCAUCAUGUCGGCCACGGAGAUCGGUCAGAUCGGAUCGUCCCUAUUACUUACGUACUAUGGUGGCCAAGGUCACCGGCCCAAGUGGAUAGCCUGGGGCAUGAUCCUCUUCGCCGUGAGCUCGUUCACCUGUUCGUUACCUCACUUUAUCUUCGGUGAACAGCUGAUUCUUCAAAACGAGAUGCUGCUCAGCGGCAUCGAGCCCGGCGGUGACGGCCGCGGGCUUAACAAUACUGAUCCCAUACCGGCGAAUCUCUGCAAGUUCCCGGAAAGGAACGGCACAUUAGACGGAUGGAAUAUAUCGACGGCCGGAUCGCACACCGAUUCGGCGGAAUAUUGCGAGGGUGAUUUUCUCAUGGAGCAGAGAAUACAGAGCAAGAUAACCACGGUGGUGCUUGCGAUAUUUUUCGUAUCAUUGCUCGGCGUAGGAAUGGGUCAAACGGCGGUGUAUACUCUCGGUAUACCGUACAUCGACGACAACGUGGCCAGCAGAGAGAAUUAUUUCAUGCUAAUAAAAUAG